CCAAGUACCAUGCUGGUAGGUCACACUCCGUCACCAAGUACCAUGCUGGUAGGUCACACUCCGUCACCAAGUACCAUGCUGGUAGAUCACACUCCGUCACCAAGUACCAUGCUGGUAGGUCACACUCCGUCACCAAGUACCAUGCUGGUAGGUCACACUCCGUCACCAAGUACCAUGCUGGUAGGUCACACUCCGUCACCAAGUACCAUGCUGGUAGGUCACACUCCGUCACCAAGUACCAUGCUGGUAGGUCACACUCCGUCACCAAGUACCAUGCUGGUAGGUCACACUCCGUCACCAAGUACCAUGCUGGUAGGUCACACUCCGUCACCAAGUACCAUGCUGGCAGCAGGUGUAGUUGUGUUGUGUUGUGUGGCUGCGGCCCUGGCGGACACGCCGGCCAACUGCCUCUACGAGGACAUCAGGGGCACCUGGACCUUCUCGGAGACGGAGCGGACGGGCGACAACACCAUCAACUGUGACGAGCUGGGCCCCAUCGUCCACACCAAGACCUUCACCCUCAGCUUCCCCAACACUGCUGCUGAUGAGUAUGGCAACGAGGGAACCUGGACUAUGAUCUACAACCAGGGCUUCGAGGUGAACAUCAACGAGCGCUCAUACUUCGCCUUCUCCUACUACGAAGGUGACUUCAGCUCCUCGGUGUCCUACUGUGACCGCACCUUGAACGGUUGGUCAAGAGACAAGACGGUCAGGAACUGGUCCUGCUUUACAGCCAACAAAGUUAACCAGACAACUCCCCGCACGUCCAAAAAUCUGAAGAAGGUGUCUUCGACACAACUCUUCAAGAAUGACCAUAAGAUGAUAGAGGAUAUCAACACCUCUCAGAGCUCCUGGCGGGCCAAAGCCUACCCCAAGCACGAGAGAUAUACAGUGGGAGAGAUGCAGAAGCGCGCCGGCGCCACGGGAGCGCCGCGCCACGCAUCGCCCAAGCCGGCGCCGGCCACCCCUGAGCAGAAGGCCCGCGCUGCCUUUCUACCUGAGAACUUCGACUGGCGGGACGUGGAUGGCGUUAACUACGUGUCUGAUGUGAGAGAUCAAGAGUCCUGCGGCUCCUGCUUUGCCUUCGCCUCCUUGGGUAUGCUGGAAGCCAGGGUCAGGAUCGCCACCCGUAACCAGCGUCAGGAUGUCUUCUCCACCCAGGACGUGGUGUCGUGCUCUCUGCUGUCUCAAGGCUGUGACGGAGGCUUUGGCUACCUCAUUGCAGGCAGAUACUCCCAAGACCAGGGAGUGGUCGCCGAGGAGUGCAACCCCUACACUGCUCAGGAUGACCCGUGUAACACCAACAAGAGCUGCCCGCGUACCUACGUCAGCGAGUACCACUAUGUGGGCGACUUCUUCGGAGGUUGCAACGAGGAGGCGAUGUUGGAGGCUCUCGUUGAUGGCGGACCCUUUAAUUUGGCCUUCAUGGUCUACGACGACUUCGUGAGCUACAGCGGAGGCAUCUACCAUCACACCGGCUUGUCCAACGGUUUCAACCCCCUGCAGGACACUAACCACGAGGUGCUGCUGGUGGGCUACGGGGUGGAGGAGACCACGGGGGAGAAGUUCUGGGCGGUGAAGAACUCGUGGGGCGCUGACUGGGGCGAGGACGGCUUCUUCAGGGUCAGGCGAGGCACUGACGAGUGUGGCAUCGAGUCUGAGGCCACCCAGGCCACUGUCAUCCCAUGAGGAAGUUCAUCACCAUAACAUAUAGUGAACGUAAUGUUACGGCAUCAUGUGUUAUAAGCUGUAAUCAUCUAUCUUAAAUAAAUGCCUUAAAUAAAUGC